AUGGCUCUGGCAGAUAAACUCGACGUUCGUCGCAUUGCCAUCAUAGGUGCUGGCCCUAGUGGCCUUGCAGCCGCCAAAUAUCUUCUCGCAGAAAAGAAGUUCUCCAAAGUUCGUAUCUUCGAGCAACGUGCCACAGCAGGCGGCGUAUGGAACUACACUCCUCUGGCCCGCGAGCAGGGCUUCUCAGUUCCUAGGACUCAACCCAGUUAUGCGGCAGAUCAAGCGCUUUGGCCUAAUGACCAUGGGGAUGUCGAGUUCAUGUCUCCUAUUUACGAUCUUCUUGAAACAAACAUUCCACAUUCGCUCAUGAGGUAUAGCGACAAAGAAUUUCCCGAGGGUUCUUCUUUGUUUCCUCGUCAUAGCGUUGUGCUGCAGUACCUCAAAGACUACGCCAAAGAGAUCACUCCUCACAUCUCAUUUCAGACUCAGGUUUUGAACAUUGAGAAAUCGAGGUCAGAUCGCUCACAGCCAUGGUCGGUCGAGGUGCUCGACCUGAAGGCCAACAAGGUCAUCAAAGAAGAGUAUGACGCUGUUGUGGUGGCGAGUGGACAUUACAAUGACCCUUUCAUCCCUGAUAUCGCCGGAAUCACAGAGUUUGAUAAGAAAUACUCGGGUGUCAUUUCGCACUCCAAGUUCUAUCGAAGACCUCAUGAUUUUAAGGACAAGAAAGUCAUUGUUGUUGGCAACUCUGCAUCUGGCGUCGAUGUGAGCGCGCAACUUUCCAAUGUUGCAAAGCACCCCAUCUUCAUCUCAGAAAAGGAAAAGUCGACCGUGGUCGCCCCUACAAAAGAGCCAUGGGCAGCUGGCGUUCCUGAAAUUGUUGAGUUCCUCCCAGAGCAGCGCGGUGUCCGCUUUGCCAACGGCCAAGUUGAGGUCGACAUUGAUGCUGUGAUUUUCUGUACCGGAUUCCACUAUUCGUACCCCUUCCUCAAGUCUCUCGAUCCUCCUGUAGUUGUACCUAGUGGAGGACACGCAGCGCAUCUCUGGGAACACAUUCUCUACACUGCAGACUCGACUCUCUCAUUCCUUAGUGUUCCGCAACGGAUUGUCCCUUUCCCCGUCGCCGAGGCACAGAGCGCUGUGAUUGCCCGCAUAUGGUCUGGUCGUCUGAGCCCUCCAUCUGAAGCCGCGAUGGAAGCAUGGGUGGAAGAGCAGCACGAGAAGAAAGGAGAAGGCAAGGCUAUUCAUGUCAUGGCUUUCCCUGAAGAUGUCGACUACGUUAACCGCCUGCAUGAGCUAAGCAAGGCGGCACCAAGAGCUCCUGAACUGGGUCUUGAGAAUGAAGGACAAGGCAAGUUACCUCCAUACUGGGGACUGGAUAAGAGGUGGGUGCGGGAGAGAGUGCCAAAAAUCAAGCUGGCAAGCAGAGCAGCAGGCGAGAAGAGACAUGAGCUGAGGGGAUUGGAGGACCUUGGUUUUGAUUAUGAGGAGUGGAAGAGGACUGUCGAGGAAGGUGAAAAGCUCUUCUAA